UUGAAAUCGAUGAAGAACAUAGUCCAGUAACUAGUCACAUAGACAUAAAUAGAGAUGAAAGGAAAACAAGCAACUACACGGGUGGUAAGUACUUGAAGAUGUCAGCACACGAAUCAGUAGAAAUAGUAGGAGUCGUGCUCGUGUGAACAUGUGUGGAAAAGUUUAGUUGUCCCGGAAGAUCUUUGGGCCUGCUUUUGUUGAAAAGAUGAUCUUCAACAUCUCCUCGCGCUGCGCUUCUCUACUUUAAGCAAGCAGUCGCGUCACGCUUACUUGAUCGAGAAGUCCGCCCUACAAGUGUCAACCCGUUCAUCGCCUGUGCGAGUAAGCCUCCCUCCGCGAGGUCGCAAAACACACGCGGCGAAGAGAACUUACCUAUCUACUAUCUUCAGCAACAUCUACAUCUUGAUCUUCCAGCAGGAGCAGUGGCAGCGCCAGCAUGGAUCGAUACAGCAACAACGGUAGUGCUACUAGUAGAGCUGGUCGGGCGUACGCGCCCCGAGACAUUCAUCUCCGAGAAGAUUACCAGCAGAACAUGAUGAACACCAGUGAUGCAACAACAUCUUCAAAUCCCGCGCGAACCGGUGGGGGACCACAACAUCGUGAUGAUUUUGGUUCAUCUGACCAAAACUACAACACGGCAAGACGUGGCAAUGGUGGAGCUGGCCCUCCUGCAAGUUCGUCCAGCAGCCGCGGCGGCAGAAACACUAAUGGGAACAAUAUGAACCCACAGACACGGUCUAGUACUUCCUUUUUCAGUCGCGAACAACCCCGGGCCUUCGACCCGCCAUUGCGGUUAGGUCCGGAAUAUGACCCACCGGUCUUGCCCGGUCCGGAUAAUUACACUUCUUCAUCGCAUCGCCGAGCCUUAUUGACUGGGCAGCACCGCGACCCCGAUUUGUCGCACGGCUUUGCGGGGGUCGAGACCUUUUCCCACCGCCGAAGCCCCCGCCGCGAUCUGGAUCUCUACGAAGAGCUGGCGCACCGGCAGUUUCGGGGGGGCACCAUGG